GUUUUUUUUUAGAAUAACGGGCUAGAGAACAUUUGAUGUAGCUCAUCAGACGGUCAUUUAUCGGUCAAGGAUAAAUAGUUCAUGAGAACCGUGAUUGAACAAUGAUUGAUCUCUAAAUCACAUGAAUAUUAAAAAGAUUGCAAAAUCGAAAAGAGGGAAACACAUACAUCGGGAAACACCAGAGGUAUAUUUCCGCCGUAUUGACACCAGGAUAAGUAUGACAGAGAGGAUGAACAGGCCUUGUAAGUUAGGUUCCAAACGAAAAAGAGCUGAUGCGGAGGAGAGUGAAGUCCAACCAAAGAGAAGACGAAAAAGCAAGGAUGUUGAAAUUGGCAAUGAUGAAACAGAGGGGGGACAGGAUGAAUAUGUUUAUAGGAUGCUUCGCUUUGACGAAGGUUAUACGGGUGGUAUUCAUCCGAAAAAUAGAUUUUCAAGAAAAAGCAUCCAGGAGCAUGUUGAAAAAGGAAGCAAAGGCAUACAAUCUAGGCAUAUUUCUUGCUGUAAAACGCUUUAUGGUAUUAAAAGACUUGGGACAUAUACGAACGAAUCCCGUCGGAUACGUGGUGUUGUGAGGAUCAAUAUCACAAAACUUAGACAGCUUUACGGCAAUAUUCAAAUCGUAGAUCUGACGGAUACCAGCAUUCGAAGAAGUCAUAUCGAUCCUCAUUCAAAAGCGUGGGGAUAUGCUGAAAGGUUUGAGGAGGUGAUUCUAAGUCCCACUUCGCAUAUUCCCCCGGAUUAUGUUAAAUAUAUUGGCGAAAUUCGCCAUCGAACAUUUAGACCAAUUGAUAACGCAUGAUUAAUAAAAUACUAAACGCAGUUUGUGAUAUAUGUGAAUAAGCAGACGAUGUAGGUAUUGUUCAAUGUGUGAAUCAGCAGACGUGUUAUUUCUGAUUUGUUUAAAAUAUCUUUGUCUGUAAUGACAUGUAGAAGUCAUGAAUAAAGCAGUUAUUGUGUACUAAUAUUUUGAAAUGCAAGAUAGAACUAGAGUCUUACUUCAUAAUGUUUAUUUCGUGUAUGGUACAAUAAUACAUACACCGUGUGCGAUUGAAGAAUCCUUACACUGUGUACUUGAAUAAUGCCUAAACCGUGUGUCAUAGAACAUUGACUACACCGUGUGAUUGACCAAUGCCUAAACCGUGUGUGGUAAAAGAAUGCAUAAACCAUAUGUGGUAGAACAAUACAUACACCAUGUGUGAUUGACAAAUACUUACACCAUGUGAUUGAAAAAUGCCAAAAGCAUGUGUACUUAAACAAUUCCUACACCGUGUGAUUGAUACAUGCCUACUCCGUGUGGUAGAACAAUGCUGAUACCGUACAAUUGAACAAUGCAUACAUCGUGUGAUUAAACAAUACCUAUACUGAGUUUGAAACAAUGUUUAGACCUUGUAAUUAACCACAGCCUACACAAUGUGAUAUAACAAUGCCUAUCCCAUGUUAUUAAACAAUGCCAAAAUCAUGUGAUAGAACAAUGUCCACAUUGUGUGAUUAACCAAUACCUACACUGCGUUAUGAAUAAUGCCUAUAUCGUGUGAUUAACCAAUGCCCACACCAUGUGAUAGAAACAUUUCCACAACAGGUGGUUAAACAAUGCCUACAUCAUGCGAUCAACCAAUACCUACAUCAUGUGGUUAAAGAAUGCCUACAUCGAUUGAUUGAACAAUGCUUACACCGUAUUAGAUUGAACAAAGCCUACAUCGUGUGAUCAAACAAUAUAUACACCGAGUUUUAAACAAUGUCUACAUAGUAUUAUUAACCAAAGCCCACAUCAUGUGAUAGAACAAUGCCAACACCAUAUAAUAGAACAAAGACUACACCGUGUGAUUAACGAAUGUCCACACCGUGUGAUAGAAAAAUCCCUACAACAUGUGGUUAAACAAUGCCUACAUUAUGCCAUCAACCAAUGCCUACAUUGUACACUGUCUGGUUAAAUAAUGCCUACACCGAUUGAUUGAACAAUGAUUACACCGUAUUAUAUUGAACAAUGCCUACACGGUGUCAGUAAACAAUAUUAUGCCUACAUCAUGUGAUUAAACAAUGCCUACAUCGUUUGAGUAAACAAUGUAUACACAGUGUGACUAAAUAAUAUAUGGAAAACAUUAAUCAUAUCGUAAUGCUUUACCAAUAUAUCUGCUUUGUAAUUAAAAUAUGUUUAGCAUUU